AUGGCGGAUGCCGUGGAGGAAGCUCUUCAGGGCAGCUGGGACCAGGAUCUAGCCGAGGCUCUGGACUCGGGCGGCUCUGACAUGGAGAUGGAGAGAAGCAUCAUCCAGGUCCAGGAGCAAUCAGCCCAACACAGGGCCAAGAUGUGGAAGAUCGCUUUAAAUGUCUCUGGAAAAGGAGACAGUCUGUCACCGUGGGACGGCGUUCUUGAUUUACCAGAACAGACCCUCAUUCACAACCGCAGUCAACAGCUGAUAGACCAGCUGGAUGUGUCAGAGGAGGAGAGGAGUGACAUGGUGUCUGAUGUCGAGUCAGUCAUCACUUUCUACUGUAAGUCCAGAAACAUUUCGUUCACACCUGAGCUGAGCUGGCCACACAUCCUUAAACCGCUGCUAAGCCUUCAGCUCCCUCGCAGCGACCUCUACAACUGCUUCUACGCUGUCAUGAACAAAUACAUCCCCAGGGACUGUGUGCCGAACGGCCGACCCUUUCACCUGUACAGACUCCUGCUGCAGUACCAUGAACCAGAGCUCUGCUCUUUCCUGGACACCAAAAAGAUCACACCUGACUCCUACGCCAUCAACUGGCUGGGCAGUCUGUUUUCCAGUAACUGCCUUCCUGAUGUGACACAGGCCUUGUGGGACUUCUACCUUCAGCAGGCGGACCCCUUCCUCAUCUUCUUUCUCAUGCUCAUUAUCCUCGUAAAUGCCAAAGAGACCAUCCUUUCACAAGAAGGAGCCAGCAAAGAAGACAUCAUCAAAAAUCUUGAAGCGUCUCCUUCUCUUCUGGAGUCCGAGGAUAUUGAAGAUUUGUUCUCUUUGGCUCAGUACUACCAGAGCAAGACCCCUUUGUCCCUCCGAAAGAUGAACCAGAAUCUGUUUGGUAGCAGCCUGGUGGCUCUGAAAGAAGAAGACACUGACCUGAGUCAAGCUCUGUGUCUCCCCGUGUCUGUGCCUGAAAUCCUGCAGGCCAACCAGCUGCAGCAGGAUGGCGUGCGUUUCUUUGUGGUGGACUGUCGGCCUGCAGAGCAGUACAACACUGGACACCUCUCCACUGCCUUCCACCUCGACUCGGACCUGAUGCUGCAGAACCCCUCAGAGUUCGCUCUCUCAGUGAAGUCCCUCCUGGAAGCUCAGAAACAGUCCCUGGAGUCCGGCUCCAUCGCCAGCGGGGAGCACCUGUGUUUCAUGGGCAGUGGGAGGGAGGAGGAGGACAUGUACAUGAACAUGGUGUUGGCACAUUUUCUGCAGAAAAACAAAGAGUACGUCAGCAUCGCUAAAGGAGGCUUCAUGGCGCUCCAGAAGCAUCUUGUGGACAUGAACAUUGAAGGUCUGGACUCUUCAUACCUCCACUGGAUCGUCAGCACAUCAGGAUCUCACAGCAGCCUCAGCUCUGCUGAUGGAGACUUACUAAGCAGCCCUGGAGACAGCAAAGGAGUCAAGUCUCUGGUCAACAAAAUGACAUUUGCACUUAAAUCAAAGUCAGUCAACGUGAAAGAGAAGAUGAUCAGCUUCAUCGAGAAUACCUCCACCCCUGUAGAAAGAAUGUCUUUCAAUCUGCCCUGGCCUGAGAAGGUGGUCCCUGAUCGGCAUGUGAGCAGCAGCGACCGUGUUGGUAAACCUUACCGGGGGGUGAAGCCUGUUUUCAGUAUCGGUGAUGAAGAAGAGUACGAUACAGAUGAGAUCGACAGCUCGUCCAUGUCAGAUGAUGACAGGAAAGAGAUCGUCAACAUUCAGACCUGGAUAAAUAAACCAGACGUUAAACAUCACAUUCCAUGUAAUGAGGUGAAAGAAACCGGUCACAUGUUCCCCAGCCACUUGUUGAUCACAGCGACUCACAUGUACUGCCUGAGGGAGAUCGCCUCCAGGAAAGGCUUCGCUUACAUCCAGUCGAGACAAGCAUUGAACUCUGUGGUGAAGAUCACGUCCAAAAAGAAACAUCCAGAACUCAUCACGUUCAAGUUUGGAAGCAACAACUCGGCUGGAGUCGAGAUAUCAGCUGUUGAAAGAUAUCUGAUACCAAACGCAGGAGACGCCACUAAGGUCAUCAAGCAGCAGAUCAUGAAAGUCCUUGACGCUCUGGAGAGCUCGUAAAGAGAGGUGAUGGGGGUCGAGACGGCCUGCCGUAAUAAAACUGUGAGAGGAAGAGUCUCUGUCUGUCAGGAGUGAAACUUCUCCCGCUCUCCCUCCCGGACAGAUCCAGUAUCCCGAGCAGCGAUGACUGUGGAUCCCUGUGUGUCUGUGUUUGGGACAUGUGGGCACACUACUGACUGCUGCAGGCCUGAGGGAUGAGCUGUGUGACGAAAUACUUUGGUGCUCCGCCAUCAUCAAACUGUUCUCUUACUCUUAAGUUAAUUAAUCUCGGUUGUGCUGUAUUUUUUUCUUUAUUACUGACUAAAAUCUAAUCACAGUGCAAUUUCUCUUCGGCGACUUUCCUCUGGCCUUAACGUAGCGUACUGAUCGACCUGUUGACACGACUGUCCCUUUCCUUUUCAGCAUCUCAAUUCUAACCCGAACGUUAUGCAGCGAGCAGUCUUAAUUUGUCUUUUUAUUUACUUUUCUGAUUUAUUGACAGCGAGUGUGAGGCAGCAGACUCAAAGAUAAAGACGCACACUAGAAGGGAGGUUUCAACCACAACAACUGUUUUUUGAUCACAUUUAUGUCCCAGCAGGCAGCCUUAAAUAGAGGGUUAAAUUUGGGGGUGUUUAUAAAUAUCGAUAUGUGUAUAUAUUGUUGAAAAGUGCUCUAUAUCAGCACAGACCUUUGCAAAGUCAUUUUUUGAAAGCAUAUCCUGAUAGUUAGACUAUGCUGUGAAGCUCCCCUUUGAACGGUUUCUGGGAGAUUAUUUAUUCUCAGCCUUUACAGAAAAUAUUGAUUUAACGUUGUCUUACAGCAGUGGGAUGUAGCUGUUAGAAAGCAUUGUUCACAGCCCCCGCCCCCCUUUCUGGACUACAUCAGUAUUACAAACAGGAGCGUCAGUGAUUGCAGUUUUUAAGAGCCUGAGCGCCUCAGUAUUUUUCCAUCUUUUCAGAUUCAGUAUGUGGAUAAUUUUUCACAGUCAAACUGCUAAAAUUGGCCAUGACUUACAUCCCAUUUAUGCCUUCAAUUAUGUUUUGAGCUGCAUCUGGACUUGUUAUCUGGGUGAAGAUAAGCGCAUGUAAAUAACGGUGUAAAUGUGUCGGCAUAGAAACACGAGGGUCAGAACAGACUUGAAACAUCUUUAGGAAGUCUGGCUCACAUUGUGUUCUGAUUAAAUGUUGGUUGAAAUGCAGUUUUUACAUCAUGCUAGCAUCUCUCUCUUAAAUCCUGUUUGAUCCAUUUCAACAUCCGGCUCAAAAAGUUGCAUCUGAAAAAACCUGGACCCUUUUCAGUUUUCUGCCAAGAAUCUGGACUUGAGUAAAACAGAUGAUCUUAAUCUUGAUAGUGAAAAAAAAGUGCAACCCCAAAAUCUAGGUCAUUAUGGUCCAGAUGAAAGCUUCAGAUCGAGCAGGUCCUGGUGAAAUGUUUGAUUAUACUCUCACCUGGAGGUGAUUACUGUACAUGCUUCUAAAUAUUUAGGAUGAAAAGAUAGUAUCUAAGCUUUGAACUGAAUGAACGAUUGUAAAAAGAAAAGUCAUUAUAUAUCUAUGUUUUCAAAUCAUUCUUAUCCAUUGUUAUUCGUCUACAAUAAGCAGCUUGCCUUUGUUGCCUUCAUGGCCUCAUGCCUGUGAUGUGAUUUCUGGCACCAGCUGUGGCAACACAUCACACUCAUUUGCUGCUUGUCCUUUGAUUUUCAGCUCUUUCUUGCUCUCCUUGCUUUUUUUCUUUGCUAAUGUACUCAUUUGUGUUGAAGUCUAGUUGUGAAGCCAGCCUUGGUUUAAAAUGAUGCAGAGAGGCUUUGUCUCUUUAAAUUAACAGACGGAAAAACAUUAUAAAUAUGGAGAAAACCAAAACUUGAAGGUCAUAAAUCUGGUCUUCCUUCACUCCAGUCGUACAUAGCAUUCCUGUGUAACUCAUGCAUUGUGUUGUAACUUUGUAAUAUUUAUCAGUGUUGACUGGAAUCAGGAGUUUUUGCUCUGUAACAUCGCAGGAUGUCACCACUUGUCCAAAUGCAACAUGUCUUUGCACCUUACUGUUCUGCUAUUAUUUUCUAAACGUUUCUGUUUAUAAUAAAUGGAGAUUAUUUGACUGUA